CAUGAAAACAAAGCAAAGAAAUUGACUACAACCGAUUCUGAAACUUACCAAGAUUGUCGAGGUUACGACCCCUCCAAUAUGGACAGAAACCUCAACAACCUCCUCAAAUGGAGCAUCGAGAACUCGACGCUCUCCUCAGCAGCCGCCGUCCCCGACGGCGCAACGGGCAUAGCAACCCACUCCACCGACGGUACCACCACCAACCCCUCCUCCGCAUCCUCAGCGCCCGCCGGAACAACAGGGAGUCAGCUCAACCCCGAGAUCCUCCAAGCUCUCUUCGGCGGGCCCUCAGAAGCCGAGCUGAUGCGCGCCGCCAUGGAAGUCAUUACGGACGCGGACGCCAGCCUCGAGACCAAGCUGGUGGCGUUUGACAACUUCGAGCAGCUCAUCGAGUCACUCGACAACGCGAACAACCUCGAGCCCCUCUCCCUCUGGACGCCGCUGCUCUCCCUGCUGUCGCACGAGGAGCGGGAGCUGCGGCGCAUGGCGGCGUGGUGCGUGGGCACGGCGGUACAGAAUAACGUGCGGACGCAGGAGCGACUGCUCGCCAUGGGUGGCGUGCCCAAGCUGGUUGGGCUGGCGACGAGCGCGGAUGAGCACGAGGCCGUGAGGAGGAAGGCUAUUUAUGCGCUGAGCUCGGCUGUCAGGAACUACCAGCCUGCUAUGGACGUCGCGUCCGAGGAGUUGAGGAAGGCCGGGCAUGACCAUGGGCAGGGGGACAGGGUGGACGCGGGGGAUAUGGAUGCGGUGGAUGGCGUUAUUGGGUGGUUGCGGGACAAGGUCAAUGCCGAGAUUUGAGGUUUUGAGUAUAGAGAGGGUGGCUUUUGAUGCAUCGAUGCGUUAUUGGGUUGGGUUCUAUCGGCACAUAGACAUGAUCUGGGCAUGGCGUCUGCGGGAAGGCAAAUAUAGAGGAAGAAAAGGAUAAGGUCGUCUAUAUUCUGACACACUUCCCCGGAUGUUACAAGUAUACACAGAUGAUAACAAGUAUACACCGAUGAUAUUGUACAAGCGAAGCG